GUUGUCUAUAUUCCAAGAUGGCGUCUUCGAACCACCUCACUACGACAAAGGUAUCUUUCGUGUUUUGUUACGUUUCUUGAUAGCUAGAAUUUCCACUUACUGGAGAUUUUAAGCUGUUUUAAAGGGAAAACAGCAAUCCGUACGAUUUUCUCAGAAUCAAUAAUUAGAGGCGAGCCUCUUGACUUGAGGCGUUCUCAUUUUACCUCUGCUACAUCAAAAAGUGCUUGAGAGGUCAACUUUGUUCCGGGCUUUGUUGUAGCUUGCCUUCGAUUCCACAUCACUUCCCUUCACAUGCACGUACAUGUAUCAAGGAUGGACAGAAUUAGCUACUUAUAGCGGUGUCUUCUUUACGGUCUGAUCUUACAGGAAAGAUUAGAGGAAAUUAUAUCUAGUACCAGUGCUGUGGGGAAAAUAAAUCAUAUUGUGUCUGAAAAGGGGGUCGGGGCGGGGACGGUAUUUUGAAACUUCUUUUCCUGACAGCGGUUAUUAUUAUUUCUUAUUAAGAAAAAGAUUUAGGGAUCCUAAGCUCUUAUUUAAUUUAUUUUCAACACGACAAUGAUAAACAGUUUACGAAUGUUAUUUCUUAUUUGGUUAUUGUAGAUGGAGUUUGCUGCACAAAUGACAUGUCAAAAAUGUGUGGAUGCAAUAAGCAAUUCCCUUCAUGGAAAAGAAGGUAUCAGCGAGUCUUAUAGUGAUGCUAUGGUGUGUUUUACAAUUUAAUAGUUGACGCAAGCCAAAAGGUCCAUGUACCUGAAAUUGAUUGUUCAGCUGAAGCCAAUAAUAUUAUUGGCUGUGUAUGUGCUUUAUAGAGAGGAGGAGUGUUACCUCACAUACCCAUGGUAGCAAAAUUUCUGGAUCACAACAAUAUUGGAACUUUAGCAACAACCGACCACGACAGCAACAAGAAAGUUUAGAUUGGCAAAACAACAACCUUUUCACGUCCAUCACACAAUUUUGUCCAUUUCUUAACAUCGUUGCAUGACUGCAACAUGAAGCUUCUUUAUUUUACGCACCCAUUUUUUGAAGUGCAGAACAUAGCACAAAAAUUUCCUUUUUCUUUUCUUAACUUAGAUAUGGUCUAUUAGAUUCAACCAUAGAAAAUUUUGCCAGUAUUUGAAUAUUUGAAAAAUUAAAUGAAAUUAUUUAAAUAAGAUGUAUGUUUUCAGUUUGUUGUUAUCCAGAAAUUUUGCUACUGUGGCAAUGUGACAUAACUACUUCCCCCUUCUAUUAAACAUUAUGCAUGCAGCACUAUUAUCACUAAUAUGAACAGGCACAAGUCAGGUGAUUUUAUUGUUAAGAAGAAAUAACAAGCAUUGCUAUUAAAAUAAUAUUGUUACAUGACACUUAAAAAAUGAAAUUGACAUUUUUCUUGAACAAGUUUUAAGUUUUGGUGCUUGCGCUAACCUUGUAAAUUAUAUGUAUUCCAUUUCAAUUUCUUAACAAGGGAUUGAGUCAUUUACAGUAAACUUGGACAAGGAGCAAGUCAUCGUGGAGACAACAUUAUCAACAGGCCAAGUCCAACAACUGAUUGAAAACUCAGGAAGAAUGGCCAUUUUACGUGGACUUGGAACUGCAGGUACUGGAUUGAAGUUAAGGCUUUACAAUGUGACUGUUAUAACUGGGGCCACUAAGACAUAGUUGACUAAUCAGAUUACAGGAAAAUAAUAGUACAUUACAAGAAAGUUGGUUGUGGGCCAAUCAGUAGCUUUUAAAAAAAGAAUUAGUUACUGGAAGCACAAAAUUUUAUCGAUAGCGCUCAUUUUUCAAGAAAGCAAAAUGUUUCACUAGACAAUGUUUUUCUGUUCGAAACUUUACAUGUGUUUGUCACAAGCUAUUAUUUUGUCAUAUACCAGCAAUGCUUUGGCUAUCAUUGCUGCGCUUUGCCAUGUAACAUCCCAACCUCAAGUCAAAAAUUUAACUAAUGUUUACAUUUAAUGCCUGCAUCAUUCACUAAUGGACCUCUCAGGAAACAUUAGCUUUUUUUGGCAGGUUCAAAAGGCCAUGUCUGUAGGUUACUAUUGUUUGAUUUUGAUCCAUUUUGUCUGUUUUGAUUAUGAUUGACAACUAACAUAAUGCAUUGUUUUGUUCUGUUAUCUGAUGCAUCAACUUUGUCUAGGUGUCUCUGAUUAUAGUAGUCACACUGUAAAACCUAUCAGAAAUGUAUUUGUUAUGAGGCAUGUGCUGUCAAUCAAACAAUAUUUCAGUUGAUCAUUUCUCUUAAUUUCCUUAAGGCUCACAAGUGACGAACUUAGGAGCCGCAGUGGCUGAGUUGAGAAGUGGGAGGGUGAUGGGCGUGGCCAGGUUUGUGCAGGUGAUGCGUAAAAAAACACCUAAGUAAUGUUUACUUUGACUUUUUUUUCUUUGUUUGUUUGUUUUCUUGUGGUGUUAUCAGCUGUUAAUGCAAUUAUUUCUAAACAAAAUUAAUUUUGUGUUCAGUACUAAUUAAGCAAACCCUAAGAGAAUUCCGUGAAUGUUUGGCUAACACAAGUUUCACUGUUUUUAUCCAAUCAAUGUGUUCAGGUAUCCGAAGAUUUGUGUGUCAUAGAUGGGACAGUUGAUGGUCUUAGUCCUGGCCUUCAUGGACUGAACAUUCAUGAGUUGGGUGAUUUAUCUCAGGGAUGUUCAAGGUUAGAGUACUAUAGCCUGAAAAAACAGCCAACUUUUUGCCAUGCCACCACCAGUUUCCCCACAAAAUGAUGUCCAAGGAAGGAGCACAGAAAUUCAGUACUGAUGACAUAUCACUACCCAGAUCUGGGUAAUGCUUCUGAUUGGUUGAAGCAAUUUCUCACAUGGCACAACCAAUCAGAAGCACACACAAUAUACUUUGAUGUGAUUUUCAAAAACGGAAAUGAUUUUCUGAGCAAUAUUAUUGACAAUAAUGGAGUGAAAAAAGAAAACAUUCCUGUUUCCUUUAACAGCCCCUAAUAUCCCUUCAAACCAAUGUUAUGCCCACAAAAUUCAUUAGUCCCUCUGCAUGUCAUAGUAAGUAUACUUGAAUACUCGUAUACAUGUAGAUGCAAAAACUGCGCAGUAACAAGCCAAGACAUGGGUUAUAGACGAUGCUUUUACAUGUAGGCCUAAAAAGCAUGAAAGUCCAUACUCCAUACUCCAACGUUUCUCCUUAAUAUUUAGUCAAUGUUAAUUUAUAUAUUGGUAUUCAUUAUUCCCAGCACUGGUGAUCACUACAAUCCCUGGAGUUGUAGACAUGGAGCACCAGAGGACAGUGAGAGAGUAUGUUGAUUUUCAAACAUAUUUUUGCAAGAGUUGAUGACAAACAUAUAUGCUGUAAUUUUUUCCUGAUGGAACAUUUACAUGUUUAGAAAAUGCUCAGAUUGAAACUUUAGCAAUGUUUACAUCUAUAUCCAAUAUUCUUAAGGGUGGAGCAAUAAUUAUUUUUAAUGUAUAUAGUCUGAUAGAUGUAAAUAUUCAAUUUUAUCAGGUUAUUUGGUAUUUGAUAGCAAAUUAUUGUACAUCAUUAGGUAGCUUAUUUCUUGUCUGUUCAUUCUAAAAGUUUUUAUGGGCUUGGAAGCUCCCAAACCCCCAAAAAUAUAGCUACGUGUACGCUAUUCACGCUAAUAAAAGUGCCUUGUAAAGUAAUGCUACUGAGGUUUCACUUGCAUGGACGUUAGAUUUUGGUAACAGACACCAUAAUUCUGAACUUUACUCCUUCUAGCUGUAGAAAAAGGUACAUGUACAUGCCCUGGAUGUGUGGAUGUGUUUUAUUGGCUAGAUGAUUGUGAGAGAAUGGUGGGUGGAUGAUAAUUUUAGAACAAUCAACCAACAAAAUAAGUGGUUGUUAAAUUUUGCAGCAUGUUGGUGACCUUGGUAACAUCUUGGCAGACAAGAAUGGCAGAGCAUCUUUCCGUCUGGAGGACAGACAUGUGAAGGUAGUAUAAUUUGUGUAUCAAUGCAGUAUUAAAGGGAAACAGGCUGAGCAUAAUAUUGGGCACUUUUAAGACUCAGUGGGGUGAGGUGGAAAAGAUUUCCUCUAACCUUGUGCUUCACUCAGCUAAUAAGACUGAUCUUCUGAGGACUCACUAUUACAAGUGUACCUGCACAUCUUAAACCCUUAACAGAAAUUCGCCACAGCGACUCAACAUGGUGUAAGGGGAUGAAACAGGACUUACGUCCCAAUUAAUAUCAACCCCUCCAUUACCCACCCAGCCCAUGAAAGGUUGUACCACACCACUGGGGUCUACACCCCCUACUCUUUACGAACCGAAUGGCAGUGUGGGUUCUUUUACAUCCCACAAGAUUCAGAGCAGUGAAAGAGCCAUGAGAUGGGGCGUACAGUUUUUCGUCCUUAUCCGAGAAGACUAGAAUGUCUAACCAUUUGUAGAUGUCACAACAAAGGCAGCACACUCUGCUCAGUUAUUUUAAGACCCUGAGUGUUGGUCUGGCCUGGGUUUGAGCCCGUGACCUCCCACUCAUCAGAUAGACACUUAUCCAAUUUAGCUAAACAGUUUUACUGGCUGCAGAAAAAAAAAACUUACAAAAAAUUUCAAACUUCCAUCUUUGUAAAAUCGUGAGAAAUAAAUAGUACCUGUGCAAAAGUUCUACCAAAGAAGUUUAUUCACAUACAUGUACUAACAUACAUGUAACAGGUGUUGUUCCAUGAUCAGAGGAAAGGCAUAUCUCAGCGGGCUUUUGUUGCUCUCUAAUUUAUUGAGGGGAGAAAAGGUGGCUGAGUGGUGAGAGCGCUGGACUUGCAAUUCGGAGGCCCCAAGUUCAAGUCCCACUCUGACUGCUAGCUGGAUUUGUUUUUCGGUAGUCUCGAGUUCAGACCCUCAGCCAUGCUUGUAAAUAGCCAACUGGUUUGCCUCGGGCUAGUUGGAUUCCUAGCCUUGUUAAACUCAUUUUGAAUUAUUUGUUUCAGGCAUUUGCAGGCAAUUGUUUCAGGAAUUAUUAUUGAUCAAUUUACACACCUCGUGGUGGUUGGUCUCCGUCCAGAUACAGUUUUACCAUGAGAUGCACUCCAUAAUAAUCAUUAAAAUUCAACUCCAUUUUGGCCUUUAGCGAAUCUAUAUUAUUAUUCCAUGAUCUUUUUUUACAUUGCAUGUGUAUAUCAUAAUUUUUCUAACAUUUUAUCAUCCUUGCCAGGUGUGGGAUGUGAUUGGUCGUUCACUUGUUGUACACAGUGGCGAAGAUGAUUUAGGCUAUGGCAGUCAUGCCCUGUCAAGAGUGAAUGGAAAUUCAGGCCCAGGGUAAGAGUAAAGAAACUAGCUGUUACAAUCUAUACUCACUUGCAGCAUUUAAACACAAAUUAAAGCACAUUCUUGGUGACAUGGCAAACUGAGACGUUUUAUUUUAUUAAAUAGAGGAUUUCUGGGAAGAAUUCUUGAUCUUGUAUUCAUGUAUUUAUUUGUAUUUAUGUGUUUUGUUUUUGUUUUUUCAGAUUAACUUGUGGAAUUAUUGCCAGGUCAGCUGGGCUCUUCCAGAACUCUAAAAAGUUCUGUGCAUGCGAUGGAAAAAUUCUUUGGGAGGAUAAGCCUCUAUCAAUCCCAACAAGUCCACCCUCACAGUUAUGACGGCAUUUUUGUUUCUUCGCAACUUCAGUGGAUAAAGCAAAACAAGGAUUUAACCCUUUUACUGCCAAAGUGUUUGAUGGAGUUUUGUAAGGUGACUCUAACUUUUGAGUCUGUGGAUGAAAUCCUAUGAUGUGACCACUCAAAUGAAAGCUCUCUGCCUGUACUUUCAGACGAUGCUAUUUGUUUGUCAAAAUUUUAGAAAAUGAAAUUUAGGAAUUUGCUCGAAAUUUGCCUUUGGCCACAUUUGGCAGUGAGAGGGUUAAAAUAGUUGACCAUCAUCUGAACCUGCAGCAGUCACAUUGUUGAGGAGUACAAGCACUUGUGCAGCGUACAGGAAAAUCCGUUGACACUGUCUAUUGAGUUCUUUUGGACAAUAAAAUAAUUUCUGUAACAUGCUUUCACUCCAAAAGUGGCUGCAUUCAAAAUUUCCAAAUUUCAUGUUGUAUAUGCUAAAAAGAUAACAGCAACAUGAAAGAACUGCUAAAGGGGUUUCAUUUGAAUGGUCACACUACAGGAUUUUGUCCACAGACUCAAAAGUUAGAACUGAAUUACAACUCCAUCAUCAGUCUGGAGGUGUCUAGUCUGCUACACAGCCGUUUUUAGUGUCGUCACGCAACGCUCCUCCCCACUAACUUAACUUUUUUGCAAAUUAACCUUUUCGUUGCUUGAAAACACAGAGCCCGUCUAAAUUCAGCGACGAUUGAUUGAUUUGUCGAAAACUGAGAAGCGUGCUCGCUUCCUAGCGCCCUGCGGCUCACGUAUUGUCAAAUUUCUUGUACAUGAUUGGUUUGUUCGUUAGACCACAAACACAAAGGGAAAGGAAUGUAGUUCGGUUUUCAGCAGCCGUUAGUGGGGAGGAGCGUUGCGUGACGACACUAAAAACGGCUGUGUAGCAGACUAGGAGGUGUCAGUCACUCUAAACAAUCGUUGUAAUUUUAUAAUGACAGAACACUGCAUCUAAGAGAAAUGUUGAGCCCAUGAUACUCAAAAAUAUAAAAACUUUUGUGGAAUAUAACUUAACUGCACAUAAAUAGGGUUCCCCAAGGAACUACGGAGUUCCCCAAAGAACUACAAACAUUCUCCAAGGAACAACAGCGACAGGUUUGAAGUGACAAUGGAGCUAAUAAUAAUAAUAUUCUCGAAAAACAGCAGAUGUUAACGUUGUCAGGAUGUUUAUUUAACUAUCUUUUAAAGAGCUUUCAAUUUCUAAAUAUUUUAUUCACUAAAAUUUAGAUUACAAUGACAAUACUGUAACUAGACUUUCUCAAAGUCGUUCGCUUGGUUUUCUGGUCUGGUGUGGUAGGACC